GGCUCGGCGCCGAGCGUGCUGCGGUUUGCUGAACGCCAGGCGAGGCACCAGCAGGCCCAGGCUAGGGAAGGCGCAUGCGCACGGUCGUCAUGACAACGCGGCCGCGGCCCGCUGGAACCUAUUGGCAGUCUCCAGGAACAUUAUUACGAUCUAUGUAUGGAAAAGUCCAAGAAAGUUAAUCCUUUUAUAUUACAUAUUCUCCAAAAAGUGGAUGAUGAAAUUGAAAAGAGAUUGAAAGGAAUCACAUUAAACAUUGCUGGUAACAGUCGCUUAAUGCCAGUAGAAAAAGUAACAGGUGAAGAUUUUUGGAUUCUUUCCAAAAUUUUAAAGACAAAUCCAUAUAUUAAUGGUUUGGAUGUUAGAUAUAACCUCCUAAAUGAUGUUGGUGCAUACUAUGCUGCAAAACUGCUUCAGAAACAGAAUACUCUCAUUUACUUAAAUCUUAUGUUUAAUGAUAUUGGGCCUGAAGGUGGAGAAUUGAUUGCUAAAGCACUUCAUAAGAAUACAACUCUGAAAUACCUAAGAAUGACUGGAAACAAGAUCGAAAAUAAAGGAGGAAUGUUUUUUGCUGCAAUGCUACAAAUUAACUCAUCAUUAGAGAAAUUAGAUCUGGGUGACUGUGAUCUGGGAAUGCAAAGUGUGAUAGCAUUUGCUACAGGCCUUACUCAGAACCAAACAGUUAAGGUAAUAAACCUAAACCGACCUAUACUCUAUGGUGAACAGGAAGAGGCCACAGUUCAUCUAGGGCACAUGUUGAAAGAAAAUCAUUACCUUGUUCAACUACACAUGUGUAAGCAUGAUAUAAAAAACUGUGGUUUAAAGCAAUUAUGUGAUGCACUAUAUCGGAAUAGAAGCCUACGCUACCUUGAUGUCAGCUGCAAUAAAAUAACUCAUGAUGGAAUGAAGUGUUUGGCUGAUGUACUGAAAAGCAAUACUACUUUGGAAGUAAUAGAUCUUUCUUUUAACAGAAUAGAAAAUGCAGGAGCAAACUAUCUCAGUGAAACGCUUGCUUCACACAACAGGAGUCUUAAAGCGUUGUCAGUAGUCAGCAACAACAUAGAGGGAGAAGGACUUGUUGUACUUUCACAGUCAAUGAAAACAAAUCCCGUACUCUCUAAUAUCUACAUCUGGGGAAACAAAUUUGAUGAGGCUACAUGUGUGGCAUAUUCAGAUUUAAUUCAAAUGGGCCGUCUAAAUUCCAACAAUACAGAUGUGGAGCCAUUUGAAGUGGAUGGACGUGUGUAUCUUGCAGAAGUCUCUAAUGGCCUUAAAAAGCAUUAUUAUUGGACACCAACUUACAAAGAAGCCUGCAGCCACUCAUCUAAUGCAGGUUUUGCUCUUGUACCAGUGGGUGAAAAACUAUGA